CACGUAGCAGUGGAGACUUCAACAUCAACUUCUCUCUGACAGACUGUGUUCCCAUCUGCUUGAAUGAAAAUGCGUUGGUGGCUGCUACUUUCUUUCUUGGAAAUGGCCCAUAAACUGUAUUGCCAAGACAUAAUAGAGGAGUGCCCCGUUGGUUGGUUCGGCACAGAAUGUCAAUAUCAAACCCACUGCCGGACCAAGUGUGAAACAGAUGGCGACUGUAUGGGCAAUGUCUGCAAGAUUGGAUGGUUUGGUUACAAAUGUCAGUACCAGGAUAUGGUGUCUAGAUUUGAAGUCCCGUAUCCCAAAAUUCCACUGUCCAAAUGGUCCAAUACCAAUGUCUCUGAGUGUCUAGAGGAUGAGAGAAUUGAAGAAGUCCAUGUCUACUUAAAGUCAACAAUCUACUUUACCUGGUUAAGUUUAACAGUCAAGAAUGCGGAUUUGCUAGACCUUUUUACCAUUCAACUUGAGAACGGUGACAAGAAAUGGAAAUGUGAAAAGCAGCUAUACACCAUCAGAAAUAAUAACACUGCGCGAAUAGAAUGUCAAGGGAGAGAGCUUGUGAGCAAACUCACUCUUAAAGGCAAAGGAGUUACUUCUCUUUGUUCUAUUCACGUCAGCAAAGGUCGCAACUUGGCGAUCAAACAAAAAGUGACGCUAUCCUUAGGCAUGGACACGAACGCUUCCCCUGAUUUGGUGGACGGAAUAAGUGACACCACCCAACUCAGCUCCUGCACACCAAUUACCGGUUCACAAAAUGCGCCGCGCAAAACAUGGUCUCUAACUUUUGCUGAACCUGUUGUGGCAAGUAGUAUUGAAAUUUAUUACAAAGGCACUAUGGUAGACAAGAGCCUUCUGCUCAUUGAAACACUAGAUGGAGACAAAGCUGUGGAUUUUAAUGAAACUGACUCAAAGGAUUAUAUAAAUUUAUACAACGUGAAUGGAGAUCCAAUCACUCAGUUUAAAAUAACAGAUGCGAAGAAAGAAAACGUGUCUAACCUGAUUACCCUAUGUGAGGUCAAAGUCUUUGGAGUGUGUGUACCAGGUAAAUGGGGCUUAAACUGUAAUAACACCUGUGACAGCAAAUGUAAUGCAUCCUGUAAUGAGAUUGAUGGAACAUGCCCUGAUGGUUGCCUUGGUUACAGCGGUGAUCACGCCUGUAGUAAAACUUGUGAGACAGCUCAAUGGGGUGUGAACUGCAAGAAGGAUUGCGAUAAGAAAUGUGCCUUCCACGCUUGUGACGACAAAAAUGGUGAAUGCAUCUUAGGCUGCAACGGCUUCUCGGACCCCCCGCAAUGCACCGAAGUUUGCAGUGAUGACUCUUACGGCCCCAACUGUUUAUGUACGGACGGGAAACAACCAUUUUGCCCACCGGAAAUACCAGGUCAAGUGACUCCCAUUGAACCCAAGCCUGAAUCUUGCCAAGGCGUAAAUAGCACCCAAGAAAGGGUCGUGGUGAAAUUGGCUAGGGGGUUAAAGGUCAUGUGUGACACUCAGACAGACGGCGGAGGCUGGAUCGUCAUUCAACGAAGAUUCAACGGCACAGUUCGGUUCUUCAGAGGCUGGUCUGAGUACCGUAAAGGCUUCGGAGACUACGACAUGGGAGAGUUUUACCUGGGCAACGAGAACCUCUUCCAGCUGACGUCCACGGGGCAAUACGAGCUCAAAAUAGACCUGAAGUAUAAUGACAAAGAGUACAGCUUAAACUACUCGAGCUUUCAAAUUUCGAACGAGAGAGAGAAGUACAAACUUCAGAUCCAGACCUUCUUCAACGAUUCCAUUGCAGACGAGCUGAGGGUCUACCACAACGGCAUGCCUUUCAGCACUUUCGACAACGACAACGACCGCAGCGUCAGCUCCAACUGUGCCCGAGAUUCCGCUGGAGCCUGGUGGUACAACAACUGCUAUGAGGUCAAUCUUAACGGCUUUUGGAACGACACUUUAUUCGGCCAUGGCUUGCAGUGGAGGUCAAUAACUGGCUAUGAUGGCGGUGUAACAUUUACCGAGAUGAAAAUCAGAGAGGUGGGGAGUCUCAUUUAACUGGUGACAGUGCCCUAAAAAGAAGUGAAAUAACGAAGAGAACUUCUAACUACUAAUCAUGUUAGCAGUAAUAAUCUUAAUCGAUAUUACUGGUAGUUUUAUAGAAUUAGAAACACUUAAUGAAAUUUAGAAUAAGUCCAACCAAGAUGUACUCAAUUCUAGUACCUAUAACUAACUGGUAUAAUACAUUGUCCGAAUUCAGUUGUAACUCUCACACUUAGGGUAAAAAAAAAUGUUUUUAAAAAUUUUAAGAUUUACAAAAUAAAGGGGAAAAGAUUAUAUUGAAAUCAAAAAAUAUUUUCAAUUAAAAAACGUUUAAAUAUUGCUUACUUUCUAUACAUGUCAAAGUAAAUCAUAAUAAUAAUGUUGAAUCAAAUCUGUGUACCUAUUAUGUUAUUGAACUUUAUAUCCAGUAAUUUGAAUCCGAAGUUCGAUAAAAAUCAUUGUAACUUUAAGUUUAUUGAAGAAUAAAGAUUACAC